AUGGCUGUUCAUUCAAAAUAUCGUCUUAUAACUUACUCACCAGAGAUUAUAAAUGGAAAACCUAUUUUUGUUUCGUCGAAUUGUCUUCCGGUGAAGGCGUCGAAAUUCGAGCCGGCAGGUCAUGCUUUUCAUUCCGUCGCACUUAAGCUUCGUGGUGUGAAGAAAGAAGAAGAAAACAAAGAGGCUGAUGUUAAGAAGGUUGUUGGUGAUAAGGAUCAGGCGUAUUUGCCGUCGGAUUCUUAUAGUAGUAAGAGUAAGAAGAAAUCUGGUGACGGGGAUAAGAAGCAGCAAGAUCAUUAUGCUUUAUUGGGGUUGAGUCAUCUUAGGUAUCUUGCUAAUGAUGAUCAAAUUAAGAAAAGUUACCGGGAAACUGCGUUGAGGCAUCAUCCGGAUAAACUGGCUUCUACGGUUCUUUCUGAGGAAACUGAAGCGGGGAAGCAGGCGAAGAAGGAGGAAAUUGAAACUUAUUUUAAGGCAAUUCAGGAGGCGUAUGAAGUGUUGGCUGAUCCUGUUAAGAGAAGGAUUUAUGAUUCUACAGAUGAGUUUGAUGAUCAGAUUCCAACUGAUUGUGCUCCACAGGAUUUUUUUAAAGUGUUUGGUCCGGCUUUUAUGAGGAAUGGGCGGUGGUCGGUUAAUCAGCCGAUUCCCACACUUGGUGAUGAUAAGACUUCGAUUAACGAAGUUGAUGGUUUCUACAAUUUUUGGUAUUCGUUUAAAAGUUGGAGGGAGUUUCCUCAGUCUGAUGAGUUUGAUCUCGAGCAAGCUGAUUCUCGAGAUCAUAGAAGGUGGAUGGAAAGGCAGAAUGCAAAACUGUCGGAGAAGGCGAGGAAGGAAGAGUAUGCAAGGAUUCGUACUCUUGUUGAUAAUGCUUAUAAGAGGGACCCUAGAAUAUUGAGAAGGAAGGAAGAGGCAAAAGCUGAGAAGAAAAGGAAAAAGGAGUCUAAGUACUUGGCAAAGAAGUUGGAGGAGGAAGAAGCUGCUAGAAUUGCAGAAGAGGAGAGACAACGAAAGGCUGAGGAAGAUAAAAAAGCUGCUGAAGCUGCUUCGGCACAGAAGAAAGUGAAGGAGAAGGAGAAAAAACUCUUGCGAAAGGAGCGAACACGCCUUAGAAAUCUCUCACGACCUAUUUCGUCGUCAAAACAUGUACUUGAUAUUUCUGAAGAUGAUGUAGAAAAGAUUUGCUUGACAUUUGAUAUUGAACGGUUGAGGGGUUUGUGCGAGAAAAUGGAAGGCAAAGAGGUGUUAGAGCAGGCCGAAGCUCUAAGAGAUGCACUCAGUUGCAAGGAAGAUAGUUGCAAGAAAGAUGUGGUUGAUGACAAAAGUACUCAACAAAAUGGCUCUGUUAAAGCUAAUGGAAACCUUACUUCUCUAGCUGGCUACACCGAGAAAAAGGAGAAACCUUGGACUAAGGAAGAGAUAGAGCUCUUGAGGAAGGGAAUUCAAAAGUUUCCCAAAGGAACUUCAAGGAGGUGGGAGGUUGUUUCAGAAUAUAUCGGCACGGGAAGAUCUGUUGAAGAAAUAAUGAAAGCAACUAAAGGUGUUCUCCUCCAGAAGCCAGAUACAGCCAAAGCCUUUGACACAUUUCUUGAAAAGAGGAAGCCUGCUGCACAAACAAUUGCUUCUCCACUGACAACCAGAGAAGAAGUGGAAGGUGUAUCCGUACCAGCAACAACACCUGAAAAUAGUACUGCCUCAAAAACACCGAUUCCAACACCAACACCGAUUCCAACAGCAACACCAGCGGCAACAACAAAUAACAUCAGCUCGGAAGACUCUCAAGAAGUUUCUGAAUCAGAGGUGUGGUCUGCAGUGCAGGAAAGAGCACUAGUUCAAGCAUUAAAAACUUUUCCAAAGGAAGCUAGUCAGAGAUGGGAGCGAGUAGCUGCUGCUGUACCUGGGAAAACUGUGAUUCAGUGCAAGAAAAAAUUUGCCAUGAUGAAGGAAAAUUUCAGGAACAAGAAAACUGCUGUUUGA